AUGACAUUUUGGCAGGAAUAUUCAAUUAAAGGACCAACCACAAAAUCAGAUGUUAACAGAGAGAAAAUUGAUGUUAUGGGUCUUCUGACUGGACUAAUUGCUGCUGGAGUAUUUUUGGUUAUUUUUGGAUUACUUAGCUACUAUUUUUGUAUCACCAAGUGUAAUAGACAACCAGACUUGUGUUCUUCAGCUAUGUAUGCAAGAAGCAACCACCACACUCCUUCCAUCAUUUUCAGAAGACCAGAGGAGGCUGUUUUGUCUCGAUCACCAUCGUUAGAGGACACAGGAUUACCUUCUUAUGAACAGGCAGUGGCACUGACCAGAAAACACAAUGUCUCACCUCCACCACCAUAUCCUGGGCCACAGAAAGGAUUUAGGGUAUUUAAAAAGUCUAUGUCGCUCCCAUCUCACUAAGCCCACCUCACCAUCUUGCUCUAGGAAACACAUGUUUUUGAAUAGCUUGUUUUCCCUGAACCAAAAGGACAAAAGGUCUGUUUUUAGCUCUUCAUUACAGACAGUGAAGAAUAAAGGAUGAAUAAGCACUUGAAUGGCAUCAGGGAUCCAUUUGCAUCUUGAAGCUGAACUUGAUCAGUUGGAUAAUGAUAAGACUUUGACUCCCGAUCUUUGAAGAUAAAAGAAAAACUACAUUUGUGUAAUGAGCUUUUGGUUGGUUGGUUUUUGUUUUGUUCUUGGUGCUAAGGAUUAAACCCACGACCUUGAGCGACUCCACUAUUGAGCUACAGUCACAGCCUCUAAAAUAUGUAUCUUAAUGGUUCAAAACCUUUCAUGAGGCUGGGAAAAUGGCUUAAUGGUAGAGUGUUUGCCUAGUAUGCAUGAA